GGUAGGGGAGGCGGGCAAGAUGGCUUCUGGCGAGUGAUUCUGCCCGAAUACCUCCGGCGACCGCUGAGACACCGGGACGGGGGGUGCUGCCCCCACUGCUGCCCUUCUUCCUCUCCCCCGCCCCCAGAGACCCCCCUCCUUCCCUUCCUCCUUCUACUUCGGUGGGGAGGGAGGGGAGGUGGGCCUGGUUCCUGGGACACCAUGUCGGACUCAGAGGAGGAGAGCCAGGACCGGCAACUGAAAAUCGUCGUGCUGGGGGACGGCACCUCCGGGAAGACCUCCUUAGCUACGUGUUUUGCUCAAGAAACUUUUGGGAAACAGUACAAACAAACUAUAGGACUGGAUUUCUUUUUGAGAAGAAUAAUGUUACCAGGAAACUUGAAUGUUACUCUUCAAGUUUGGGACAUAGGAGGGCAGACAAUAGGAGGCAAGAUGUUGGAUAAAUAUAUCUAUGGAGCACAGGGAAUCCUCUUGGUAUAUGAUAUUACAAAUUAUCAAAGCUUUGAGAAUUUAGAAGAUUGGUAUUCUGUGGUGAAGAAAGUGAGUGAGGAGUCUGAAACUCAGCCACUGGUUGCCUUGGUGGGCAAUAAAAUUGAUUUGGAGCAUAUGCGAACAGUAAAACCUGAAAAACACUUAAGGUUUUGCCAGGAAAAUGGUUUUAGUAGCCACUUUGUCUCAGCAAAGACAGGAGACUCUGUCUUCCUGUGUUUUCAGAAAGUUGCUGCUGAAAUCCUUGGAAUCAAGUUAAACAAAGCAGAAAUAGAACAGUCACAGAGGGUGGUGAAGGCAGAUAUUGUAAACUACAACCAGGAACCUAUGUCAAGAACUGUUAACCCUCCUAGAAGCUCUGUGUGUGCAGUUCAGUGAGCACAUUUUUCUUCUGUAUUGAUAGUUCUGGCUCCCCUUCGCCUCUGUGUGGGCUCAAGGACCUGUAGAAACUUGUUUUAUCAGUGACCAUCUCUGUAGUUCAGUUAACGCUUUCCUCUCAACUCACUUCAUCAUUGCCUGUUGCCUCAGCCGCAGGCAGCUCCUUGGACUGGAAAAAAUUCAACUUUGGGACCACACACUUUGAAUUCAAAAUGGAAAGCCCGUUCUCUGGAAUUAGACUGCUUCAUUGAAAAAGAAUAAUGUUGGUUCUCUUUAUGUCCUCACUUCUUUUUUCCCUGAUGUAAGUUGUUUUAAACAAAUAUGAAAACUAUCUAAGUCUUGAUCAUCAGCCAGGAUUUUGCCACAGCACAGUUUCAUACUCUUAUCUGAACUCAUACCUGGCGAAGUAUGCUUCAGAGUACAAACAUUUAAACGAGUAAUAUAUUUUAUCUACAGAUACUUAAGAAAGCAUUCUCUUGCUGUCUAUUGUGAGUGAAAAUAUAUAAAGCUGUAUCUAACUGAAAAUGCUUGAAAUAAAGCUAUAAUAGAAAUAUUUUUUUCAUUUUUUUAAAAAGAGCCUAAAUACUUUAUAUUUUAGCUGUAGCUCACAAAGUAGUGAGUAUUGGAUAUUGUAUUUUUAUUAUUGUAUCAUGAUCAUUACGUGUUGUGUAAUACUCAGGUUAGAUGGCUUUGUGAAUUCUGAUAAAUGUUCAGCUGAUGCUCCAUGUGGACUUUCUCCUGCCAGCUGUGUAAGAGUACUUCCAGAAUGAAUUAUGACUAUUGUUGGAUCAUCGUGGAUCAGACUGUACCUGAUGUUCAGAUGUUUUUCUCCUGCAAAUAAAUUUAUUUAAAUUA